AUUACACCGAGACAACCUGAGGCAUAUCUAUUGAGAAAAAAACAUCUUCAUCUCAACCUAGCUGCGCAAAAUGGUCAAAGACAACGACACCGUGAUUGAGGAGUUCAACGAACUCGUAAACAUGACUGCCGAAGAACUCAAAGAGUGGCUCGGCAGCCAAGAGUCUGAGAGUGCAGGUUGGACCAACGGCUCCUCGUCCAACGGCGAAACAGUUGGCCAUGAAUCGGGCCGACGCAUCGUCUCCAUCCUGUCCAAGAAUCCGCACAAAGAUCCUAGCAAGUACGACCAAGAAGAUAUUGAUCAUAUGAGAAAGGUGGUGGCGUAUUGUAAGAGACAUUUGGCCCAGGAGGAAAAGGCCAAGCAAGAUACUGAGAGUAAGAGUUAUAAGAGUUUGAAGAACUGGGGACAUGAUGCUUUGAAAGCUUAGUAAAUGUCUUUUUAUGUAACAAAAGAGUCUGAUUCGCACAAGGGGCUGGAUUUCUAAAUCGAGUAUUUACAAGGGUCGUUCAAG